AUGGGCGGUGACAUUGACGCCGACAUCAAGCUGCCGUGGAGUCGCGUCUUCCUCGCAGUGAUCUCGUACGGCCUCUUCUUCACCGACAUUCCGCGCAGCAGCCUCGGGUUCCCGGUGCUUCCCAGCGGCUUCCACAGCACCACCGAGUCGCUCUACUCGAGCUUUGGACCGUACGCGUAUCCGAUCAUUGGCAUCACCAAAACCACGUCCGGCGCCUACGUCGGAUCGAUCCCGCUGGCCAAAGUCUGGAGCUACAAGUACGAUACGUGCUCCGUGGGGCUGCGCACGGUCGUCUCGCAGCGCAACGCCUCUGGCUGGGACCCGUGCCUCGUGUACGAAGCCGAGUGCAAUACGACGAUGCUGACGCCCAAGAGUGUUUUUACGAUGCUCGACAAUGUUGUUGCCGCGGUCGUCGCCGCGCCGUCGCUCACGUGGCGCGUCAGCUACUACUUCUACGACAUCAUCAACGACCUCUUUGCGUUCGGCACGUUCAAGGAGCGCGACUGGCGCACGGUGCGGACGCACUACGUUCCAUCGCCGGAGGUUGACGUCUGCGACCCGACGUGCGUGACGCGACCCUUCUUUUGCGAGCAGCUCUGGACCGACUUUGGCGCACUCGGCGUCGAGAGCACGGGCCGCAUCGUUGACGACAUUCGAAUGCAAUUCCGAGCCAAAGUCAACGCGUCUAAUGCGAGCCACCAGCGCGUCGAGCUCGUCAUCCUCGAAGCCAUCGAUGACAUUCGGCCGUGGGGCGGCGGCUUUGCAAAGUCGUUUGCGUCCGCGUACGACGUCGUCGCGCUUCUUCGCGUCCAAAACUGCUCGUCCGCCAACAGCGUCGCGUGCGAGACCGUCUUUGUUUCGGACUACCGGUACGAAGGCGGGUUUGCCAAGACAAAUACGAUGACGUACUACGGUAUCACGCACAUUUUACGGCUUUUUGGCCAAACGUACAACAUUUGCCGGGCGCUGACGCUCUUCCUCGGGUGCUACUGGGCGCGGGCGGCCGAGCCCAAGUACGCCACGGCAUCUUUCUUUCGACGACUCGUGUGUGCGGUGCGGACCUUCUUGCGCAUCCCGGCGCAGGUGGUGAUCCACGGCAGCUGGCUGCCCGUCGCCGUCUUUGUCGUUGCGCACUUGAUCGACUCGCCGCUCUUGUACUACUGCAUCUUUAUGCAGCUCGGCCCGCUCAAUGGCGCGACGCGCUUCACGCCGGACCAGAUUUAUUCGUUCUGGGUCUUGCUCACGUGCCACAUGCGCAACGUUUGGGUGCUCAGCCUUGCGACCAAAUGUAUUUUGCUCGCUGUGGACCAGCGCCGGCAUCAGACGAUCCUCGGCUUUCGCGGGUACCUCCUUCCGUGCGUCUCGUUCUGUUCCAUCUUUUUCGAGCUUCGCUUGACGUCGCUUCGGCGCACAGACCUUCUCUCGGCGGUACAUGCAAACCCGAGCUUGUCGACGACAUUAGUCCGCGAAAUGCAAGCGAUCCCGAGCAACUACCGCUACUGGGGCGCGUUCUCCGACAUCAAAACCCUCUUUUUGUCGUGGAGCGCCGUGUACAUCAUCUUUGGCGGGCUGCUGCGGCGCCGCCUCGGGUUCCGCACCACAGUGCCGUUCACGCUGUUGCGCUACUGCAACCGGAGCAUGUUUAGCACGGCCUGGAAUGCUCUCGCGCCAGAGACCGCAGCCGUCGCGCCGGCGACGGACCUCAGCAGCAUGCGCCAGUCGCUCAACGCGCUCAUGCACAUCACGUGGAUGACCGACCCGCUGCAGUAUAUCAUGCUGCGCUGGAACCAACCGGUUGUGUACGUCUACCGCCACAAGACCACGGGCUCGCGGAUCCACCACCCGCUCUCACCCCGAGAGCUCGCGCGCCAAGAUGCCUCGCUGAGCGCGUCGGUCGAAGUGAUCGGCCAAGUGCUCAUGAUGGAGCUGCCGUGGGCCGACCGCAUCUACUGCCACUAG